AUGCCAAAAAUAUCUUUAAAUGUUUCUAUAAAAACUUAUUGGCUUGCAAUUAAAGGAAGACAAUCGACAAUUAAUGAAAAUCCGAGUACUAUUUCAAAAGCUGAUCUCACAACAGAUUCAUUAGAUCUUGAACAACACAUUUUUUACACAGAAAUAACUGAAGUAUGUGUUAGUUCGGAAGAACAAAAACGUCACCCACUAGUUAUAAUUUACGAAAUUGUAUUGCACGAAUAUUUCCUCGAAACUUUUCAUAAUGAACGUUUACCACUUGUUAUUGACUAUGGAGUACUUGAUGGGUUAUGUGAAAUGGAUCAAAAAAUAAUUGGUGAAUUAGUAUUUCCUAUAAUAAGAGCACUUGGUGAUCAAAUUGUAAAAUCAUGUGAAAAUCCAUUACUAUCACCGAUUGAUAAAAUAACAAUUGCUCGAAUUAAUGGUAUUAUAUCUAAAUAUAUUCCAACAGCUUAUCGUGCAACACUGAUGAAGUGA